AUGGCUAAGAAAAAGGAGAAAGCAGUUGAAGUCAAAACAGACAAUACAAGAGGCCUACCAAAGUCUGGUAAAUUUUGGAAAGGGCCCAAAGAGAAAUUUCGUAAAAUACAAAACACACUGCCGAAAAAAACAACACAGCAACAUCUCAAGUUAAGAGACGAUUUAAGAAAAAUAAAAGCCUUAUCAAAAUCAAUUAAGGAAGAGAAGAAAAAUGAAAAUGAAUUGAAGAAGCAAAGACGUGAAGAAAACGCGAAACGACGAGAGGAAAAUGAACUGAAAAAUCAACAAGUUCAAAUAAUUACGAAUACUUCAAAACUUAAGCGUAUAAAAAAGAAACAAUUGAGACAAAUCCAGAAACGUGAUCUUGAUAAUUUAAAGGCAAAAGUUGUGU